AUGGCUUCAGAAAUCUUGAUUCUCCUUGCUGCCUUGAUUUGGCCUUGCGCUGAGAACAUCAACGUGAAAAUAAGUUGUUCUAUGGACUGGUUGAUGGUCUCUGUAAGCCCAUGUGCAUACAGCAGCAAUUUGUAUAUAUUUGCUGAUGAAUUAUAUCUGGGAUCGGGUUGCCCUGUGACUCGGAUACAAACAUAUGCCUAUGAUUUUAUAUACCCUGUGCAUGACUGUGGGAUCAGGACAAAGGUUGUUUCAGAGGAUACUCUCCUUUUUCAAACAGAGGUGUACUUUAACCCUAGGAAUAUACAUUGUGACCCUCAGAAAAUCCCUUUGGAAUGUUCUGCCUCUAGGAAAUCAGUGUGGCUUACACCAGUUUCUACAGAUAAUGAAAUAAAAUUGGAUCCCAGUCCCUUUAUUGCUGAUUUUGAGACAACACCAGAAGAGUUAGGAUUAUUAAAUUCUAGUCAAACUGACUCCAUAUUUACAGAGAAAUUGAAACUUGGAAAUUGGGCUCAUGAAUUUU